AUGAAAGGCUCUCUUGUAUCUCUGACGAGGGCUCUUACGGAGGCUCUGAGGGAUGCCUCACCACAACAAUUGGAUUCCUCCCGUGGCCUACUUCGGAAACUUGAAGAUACAAUUCACAAGGCUAUGUCGCAGGCUGAAGACGGGCUGGAACACCAAGAAUCCGCUUCAGACCUUCCCCUAAUGCCAGUGGACCGUCUCAUCCUGUCAAUUAAGAGAAACGCUCCGAAGAUAUCGGCUCUCUUGGAUCAAAAGGUGGAUCAGACUCUCCGUGACGGUAGUCGCCAGAGCGGUGAGGACCCUCGCAUUGACGAUGCAUUACGGACAAUGAAUAUCGACAACUCAGACAAGCUCCGAUCAUAUCUCGCCUGCUGGACCCUGAAGAGUGGCCACGAGGAAUUUUCCAGCGGCAAGAACCGAAGUGAAGCUUCUACGAGAAAGUAUGCUGGAAGCGAGGGAAUAUUGGACGCGGAAAAACUCAGUACCGCUAUCUGCAAGGGAGGAAAGAUCAAGGCUGCCGCCACAGCAUAUGAAGAAGCCCUUGCUGCUUUCUACGAAGAUCACAGUGUCGCCGCCAUGAUCGAGAGCGACGGAGCAGGUAUGAUUGUGCUCUUAGUCUUCGGCAAUUGGGCACGGUUAUCGGUGGAGGAAAUGGCCUAUUUCGGCAGGCUAUGUGGGUCAGAUGAGACCAUCAUCAAGCUCCUCAGCCUUAUCAAACAAAAAAAAUUUGUCCAAACGUGCUUAGCGCUAUAUCCACGACUCGUUGAUGAACGGCGAGGUCCCAGGAAGCAUGCAAGAGACACCUCUGUCACGAAUAGCAUACCCCCAAAAUCCAAGAAGCAAUAUCAAUCGACGCCAGCUCUGUUGAACGUUACCAAUGCCGAAUCCGUUCCUGCUGGACAGGAAAAUUUAGAUCCUCUGGUUCCUCCAUACCGUUCGCAACCAGCAGACGAUAUAGAUGCCUCGGGUGUUGAAACAGACUGGCCCAGGGGAAGGGAGAGAGAUCAGUUUCAAGGCUUGAACGAUCUGAGUUGGUUAGGAGUGCCGAAUCUGCCUAUAGACAGCCACCUGACCACCUAUGCGUCUCUGCAUUGGGACAGCAACCUGACAGAAUUUGUGCCGGCGGACAACAAUGAGACUCAGCUCCCCAUACCGAGUAACCGGGCCACUCAGGUCCCGAUAGCAGACAAUGUGGAUUACAGUGCGAUUCAGCCGCAACCAGCAACCUUGGAGAAUGAGCCCAAUCAGUCCCAGGACGGGAAUUGUGACAGGCUGGGAUAUACCUACGUCCAACACGAUGAAUUGGCUGCAAAUACUCCUGCAAGAUGUACCAUCUCUGUAUUCUAG